UGUGGUGUAAUUUAUAGGGCGUCGCUCCCCGUUUCCUCGCUGAUGAGACACCUGUUCCACCUGGGCGCACGUGCCGAACACCCGCGGCCGGCAUGCCUCGCGUUCAUCCGAUUUACUCCGACUUCUUCUACGAGCCUCUGACCGAGGACGUGGAGGAGCUGCUGGGCCGGUUCCAGCAGACCGACUCGGUCCGGUACGAGGUCUUCUCCGCCCUCUGGAGGGACAUGAGCUUCUCGGACGUCUUCGCGGGACUCGGCAACUACAGCGAAGCGAGGCGGUUCUGCAGGGUCGCUCUGGCCACCGCCGCCAAGUUCUUCCUGCCGCCCUACAGCUACCAGAUCCGAACCGGCGGCCUGUACCUGCUGUUCGCCUUCUUCCACACGCAGCCCGCCUCGCCUCCUCUGAGGAUCCGGCUGGCCCUGAAGGACUGGACUCACGUGGAGAUGUUCCUGCGAGACUCCGUGAGGGCGCAGCACUACGACGUGGUGUUCGUGUACGAGAAGCUGGCGGCGGAGAAGGCCUUCCACUACGCCGCCAUGCCUCAUUUGCUCUGCUUCCAGAGGCAGAUUCACCCGAAGAAGCACCCCGAGUGUCCGGAGUUCCUGAGGAGGAGCGCCGCGGUGCAGGACCUGCUGCCUGCAGACCUCAUGGAGGAGGUGAGGAACAUCCAGAGCCACUACGAGAAGCUCAAAGAGGACACCGAGCAGGUCAGCAGCCGGGCCACCAUGACCCUGCCAGACUUCCACCAGCGCCUGCAGGCCUGCAUGUCCGAGUUCCUCACCUGGCAGGAGAAGACUUACACCUCCAAGGCCCACAAGAGCACCAAAGAGGAUGAAGAUUCAGCCGAGGAGGAGGAUGAGGAGGGGGAGGAGUCCUGCAGCAAAAGAAGAGCCAGACUCCUGUCCUCCAUCAAGCAGAGGAGCUACAACAGCUUCCAGAAGGCGCCACGGUCCAGGAGACACCGGCAUGCCGAGAUCCAGGAUGGGUCCAGCUCCAGUGCCGAGCAGGGUGGGGCGCCAGCUCCCCCCCUGUACAAGCGGCCUCCAUCUUUGCGGGCCAGGACCUGGAUGAGCCUGGGAAAGGAUGAGAAGGACAGCAAGGCCCACGCCUGGCUGCUGAGCGUUCCCGAACAGCUGGAGAGCAUGCAGGUCAAGAGGUUCCGCCGGACCACACCGUUCAAGCUGUGAGGAAGACGGCUAUCCCGGAUUCUGGGACAAGUUCACACAUUUAAUAAAGGUUCAGUUCUGGCA